CAUUUAUUCAGGGAUCCAUACAUGUCUUCGUAGCAGUGACUAUGUUUGUAUAAAAUUAUAAAAUUAUAAAUACAGACAUAUGAAAGUCGGGAUCCCGAGAGUCCCGUCGACUCCGAUCGUUAUCCAUUGGACAGGGGGUCCUUAAUCCUUGCGGGUCAGACACAAUCAACCAAUCACCCAAUAGAAAAUAGUGCACGUCUCGUCCCCUUUUGUUGGCGUGGAGUUUAAUGAACCUAAACCAUAAGCCUGGUCCUCCUCAACUUUUUUUUUUUUUUUUUACCAAUCGUCGCGGUAUUUGUAAAUCAUCACCUUUUCCCAAACUUCUCUUUUUUUUCUCUUCGUCUUUUUCUUCUACCCUUCCAUUGUGGCCUCUUCCCUUUUUUGUACAACUGUCCUUGGCGAAUCAGUCGCAAGGCCACUAAUAAUUGUUUCGUGUCACUCCUUCAAGCAAACAAUUUUACCUCACUGAGCGGCUCGUCGCAUAAUAGACUCGCUGUCCUCACCUUUUCCACCCGUUCCGAGCGCAAUCUCUCUGCGCAUACUCUUAUACGGGCCUCAAUUGGAAUCGAGGAUUGACUAUCUCGCGUUAUGGCUUCUCCGGCUCCUGCUGCUCUUUGGGAUUCUUUCCCCGUCCCAACUCUCGACCGACCCUUCGGUGUACCAUUAUGGCCCUAUUUCAGCAAGGCCUUCGAGGUGGUAGUGGGCUAUCCUGCUGACGACUUCACAUUCGUCGCCGGCAAAACCCCCAUGUCAACCCUGAGAGAGACAUUGAUAUUCAUUGUCGUAUACUACAGUAUUAUAUUCGGCGGUAGAGAAUACAUGCGCAAUCGGGAACCCUUCAAGCUAAGGGCGCUCUUCUUGAUUCACAACUUUUACCUUACCGCCAUCAGCGCCAUUCUUCUAGUGCUAUUUAUUGAACAACUACUACCAACUGUCGUCCGCCAUGGCAUCUUUUUCACCAUCUGCGACACUGCAGGAGGCUGGACUCAACCAUUGGUUGUACUCUACUACUUGAACUACCUUACUAAGUAUCUGGAACUUUUGGACACCGUCUUCUUAUUCUUGAAGAAGAAGCCUCUGACCUUCCUCCAUUGCUAUCAUCACGGUGCAACAGCAUUCCUCUGUUACACUCAGCUCAUCGGUUCUACCGCGGUGUCGUGGGUUGUUAUUACUCUGAACUUGACUGUUCAUGUAGUUAUGUACUGGUAUUACUUCCAGAGUGCCCGUGGAAUCCGAAUCUGGUGGAAGGAGUGGAUCACCCGUCUCCAGAUCAUCCAGUUUAUCAUUGACCUUGGAUUCGUCUACUUCGCCGCGUACACCUAUUUCACUUCUACCUACUUCCCAUGGAUGCCGAGUGCGGGCAAAUGUGCUGGAGAAGAGUUCGCUGCGUUUGCCGGUAUUGGUACCCUUACCUCGUACCUCGUCCUUUUCAUCUCAUUCUAUCUCGCCACAUACAAGAAGGAGCACAAGGCGCCCAGCACGCGCAAGACUCUUCGCCGUAUGUCGCAGGCACCCCUUCCAGAUCAUCACGUGGUCUCUGGUACCACGCAGAGCCCGCUGGCUUAUACCAGUGGAGUAAAGACCAAUGGUGUUGCCACGCGAUCCCGCAAGGCGUAAAGGCCUGGGUUGGCGUUGGUUGACUACCUGGUCUAAAUUCACCCGCCUUUAGGUUACAAGACUUGGGUCGCCAUUUCGCAUGGGGACAUGGGAUUCCAAUGCUGUGAAAAUGGUGGAAUUGGGUGGUAGGAACAGCCCCUUUAGGCGGCCAUUCGACCAUUGUAUUAGUGGCCUUGUCAUAGAUGACGAUAUAAUUUCUAGAGGUUACGACGGGGCAACGGGUAGAAGGUGUUAGGGAUAUGCUACAAGCGUAGACAUUGAACGACUUGGGGAAAGAUCACAUAUAGGAGUUUCGGAGGGCUGGGUGAUGAAUAAAGCAUCUGAGGAUUCAGGACUGCAUGGGAGGAUAUUAACAUGUAUCCUCAAAUAUCGUAUCCCUUCUUGUCGCAUAAUCCGGGCCGGCGCUCCGAGUUAAAAACAAUGGUGGAGCAUGUAUAUUGGCAGUAAUAAUACAACGAUACUAGACGAACUCAAACGAUAAGUUUUGCGCCCUCUGGGGCAUGUGUCCAUUAGUGUUGGCAGAUGAUCACGUGGACCUAAUAGUCAUAUGGCACAGGGUAUCUUAUCAUUAGAUAC